GGCCCAGCGAUCCUAUAAAAAGGUGCCAAUCGCCCCCACCCCGACCUGCACAUAUCGGCUCGUGCUCUCAAACAAGGGUGCGAGUUCCAGGCGUGGCGGCCCUUCUUGCAUGUUGCAUGAGCCGGCCGGAGUCGGAGUCUCGUCCCAUUGCAGAGCAGAGCGAGGCGGCGAAGGCGGCCUUGAUAUAGGGACGAAUCAUCCGGCGGGGGAGUCGUCUGGGAAGUUCAUGAGCACUGACGCCGCGGGCAGCAACAUCAUCAGCAGAAGAAGAAGCAGGCUGGGCGACGAAGCCAUGCCGACCCCGUCCUCCAACGCCCCCGACUCCUCGCCCUUCUCCAACGACGGCGGCGCCUCGCCGAGCGCCAUCGAGCGCGUGCUCCGGGGCAGCGGCCGGCGCCACCACCUGCCCACCGCCGCGUCCCCCGACGCCAUGGACACGGACGUCGCGGAGCCCGCCGCGGCCUCCCUCGCCGACUGCGGCGCCCAGUCGCGCCCCGAGGGCGGCCCGCACGCCAGCAUGGACGACGCCGGCGGUGGCGGUGGCGGGUCGGGGGGCCACGCCCCGCGGCCGCCGCUCUCGGGUCCCCGCAGCGGGUUCCGCCGCCUCGGCCUCCGCGGCAUGAAGCAGCGCCUCCUCGUCGUGGCCAACCGCCUCCCCGUCUCCGCCAAUCGCCGCGGCGAGGAUCAGUGGUCCCUGGAGAUCAGCGCCGGUGGCCUCGUCAGCGCGCUCCUCGGUGUGAAGGAUGUCGACGCGAAGUGGAUCGGCUGGGCCGGCGUGAACGUCCCCGACGAGGUCGGCCAGCAGGCUCUCACCAAUGCACUCGCCGAGAAGAGAUGCAUACCAGUGUUCCUGGACGAGGAGAUCGUGCACCAGUACUACAACGGCUACUGCAACAACAUACUGUGGCCGCUCUUCCACUACCUCGGGCUGCCGCAGGAGGACAGGCUGGCAACCACCCGGAACUUCGAGUCGCAGUUCGACGCGUACAAGCGGGCCAACCAGAUGUUUGCUGAUGUGGUCUACCAGCACUACCAGGAAGGGGAUGUGAUCUGGUGCCAUGACUACCACCUCAUGUUCCUGCCCAGGUGCCUCAAGGAGCAUGACAUCAACAUGAAGGUCGGGUGGUUCCUGCACACGCCGUUCCCUUCCUCGGAGAUUUACCGCACUCUGCCAUCACGCUCGGAGCUGCUUCGCUCCGUGCUCUGCGCUGAUUUAGUCGGAUUUCAUACUUACGACUAUGCAAGGCAUUUCGUGAGCGCAUGUACCAGAAUACUCGGACUCGAGGGUACCCCUGAAGGUGUGGAGGACCAGGGGAAGUUAACACGGGUUGCAGCGUUUCCUAUUGGGAUAGACUCUGAUCGUUUCAAAAGGGCGUUGGACAUUGAUGCAGCAAAAAGACAUGUCAAUGAAUUGAAACAGCGAUUUGCGGGACGGAAGGUAAUGCUUGGUGUUGAUCGACUUGACAUGAUCAAAGGAAUUCCCCAAAAGAUUUUGGCCUUUGAAAAGUUUCUUGAGGAAAACCCUGAAUGGAUUGAUAAAGUGGUUCUACUUCAAAUUGCUGUGCCAACUAGAACUGACGUCCCUGAGUAUCAGAAGCUUACAAGCCAAGUGCAUGAAAUUGUUGGGCGCAUAAAUGGACGAUUUGGAACAUUGUCUGCUGUUCCUAUUCAUCAUCUGGAUCGAUCUCUUGAUUUCCAUGCCUUGUGUGCUCUUUAUGCAGUCACUGAUGUGGCUCUUGUAACAUCACUGAGGGAUGGCAUGAAUCUUGUAAGCUACGAAUAUGUUGCAUGCCAGGGAUCAAAAAAAGGAGUUCUGAUAUUGAGUGAGUUUGCCGGUGCAGCACAAUCGCUUGGUGCUGGUGCCAUUCUUGUAAAUCCCUGGAAUAUUACAGAAGUUGCAGACUCAAUAAAACAUGCUUUGACAAUGACAUCUGAUGAGAGAGAGAAGCGGCACAGGCAUAACUACGCGCAUGUAACAACUCAUACCGCCCAAGAUUGGGCUGAAACUUUUGUAUGUGAGCUAAACGAUACAGUUGCUGAAGCUCUGAUGAGAACAAGACAAGUUCCCCCUGACCUUCCUAGUCGAACGGCCAUCCAGCAAUAUCUGCAGUCAAAAAACCGUUUGCUCAUAUUGGGUUUCAAUUCAACAUUGACCGAGCCAGUUGAAUCCUCUGGGAGACGGGGCGGUGAUCAAAUCAAGGAGAUGGAACUCAAGUUGCAUCCUGACUUAAAGGGUCCUUUGAGAGCCCUCUGCGAGGAUGAGAGCACUACGGUUAUCGUUCUCAGCGGAAGCGACAGGAGUGUUCUUGAUGAAAAUUUCGGAGAAUUUAACUUGUGGCUGGCAGCAGAGCAUGGGAUGUUCUUACGCCCAACUGAUGGAGAAUGGAUGACAACAAUGCCUGAGCAUCUGAACAUGGAUUGGGUCGACAGUGUAAAGCAUGUUUUUGAGUACUUCACAGAAAGAACCCCAAGAUCUCAUUUUGAACAUCGUGAAACAUCAUUUGUGUGGAAUUACAAGUAUGCCGAUGUCGAGUUUGGGAGGCUCCAAGCAAGAGAUAUGCUGCAGCACUUGUGGACCGGUCCAAUCUCAAAUGCAGCUGUGGAUGUUGUUCAAGGGAGCCGUUCAGUUGAAGUUCGCUCUGUUGGAGUUACAAAGGGUGCUGCAAUUGAUCGUAUUCUAGGAGAGAUAGUUCACAGCAAAAGCAUGGUUACUCCGAUUGACUAUGUGCUAUGCAUAGGCCACUUCCUAGGAAAGGACGAAGACAUCUAUGUGUUUUUUGACCCUGAAUACCCUUCUGAGCCAAAAGUGAAACCGGACGGUGCGUCGGUAUCCGUCGACAGGAGGCAGAACGGGCGGCCAUCAAACGGCCGGAGCAACUCGAGGAACUCGCAGGCGAGGACACAAAAGCCUCAGGUCGCGCCGCCGCCUCCGGAGAGGUCAUCGUCGUCAUCCGACCACAGCACCGCAAACAACAACAGCCACCACGACUGGCGCGAAGGGUCGUCGGUCCUCGACCUCAACGGCGACAACUACUUCUCCUGCGCGGUCGGGAGGAAGCGCUCCAACGCCCGUUACCUGCUCAACUCGUCGGAGGACGUCGUCUCAUUCCUUAAGGAGAUGGCGGAGUCGACGACGCCCCGCGCCGGUGGCCUCCCGCCCGGCGCUGCCGCGGACUACAUGUUCUUGGAUAGGCAGUAGACCAAGUUUGCCUCUGCUAAUCAGGAAUCACCCGGCCGCCCCGCCCCGCCCCGCCGGGCAAGAAGAGUUAACAACAGCCCUGAAUAACAUCGGUGUUCCCUGUACGCGCGCCGGAGUAGCCGCCGUCGCUGGCCCGGCGCGGCGUGGUGUACAAUCCUGUACAAAGUAUGACUGAGCUCCUGGUUUUACUGUUACUGCGAGAGGAGACUGACGCUCUGUGACCGUGAGUGAUCCCGAGAGUUUGUGCUAGGCGGAAUUGAUGGAUAUUUGUUAUUAUGUGAUGUGAUGACUAAUCUCAGUAUUGACUGUCUA